AUGGGCUGUGCCGUGAGUACCUAUAAUGAGGACGAAGACCAGACUUUUCUCCAACAACGGCUCAUAUCUGACGCGAUCGAUCGGUCCUUGAAUGUAAAGAAUGAAAAACAACGCAAGCUCGUUAAGGUUUUUCUUCUAGGCGCAGGUGAGUCUGGUAAGUCGACUGUGCUCAAGCAGCUAAAAAUCCUUCAUCACCACUCUUUCACUGAUUUCGAAAGGCGCCAGUACACCGAUGUAAUCUGGUAUGAUCUCGUGCAAUCAAUGAAAAAGUUGAUUUACAAUGCUAGAAAGCUCAAGAUUCCCUUGGAUUCAGACAAGCCAGGUUCUGCUUUGACUCCAUACAAGAGGGUAGUGGUCAAUGCUGACGUGAGGGCCUCAGAAAAGGACACUAACGGGACCUAUCUCAUAGAACAGUUCAAUAUUGGUUAUGCCAACGAAAGCCGCGUAAGGGACCCCGAUUUUCCAGCAGGCUAUGUUUCAGACUCAUCCGAUAUGGACUCUAACGCAUCUUUCGAGGAAAGGAAGGUGUACACUCGAGGAGAGCUCGCAGAGGCGAUCUUGCAACUCUGGACGAAUGAUCGGGGUAUACGUCAGUGCUUCGGAAGAGCCAACGAAUUCCAACUAGAAACCUCGACAGCAUACUACUUCGAGAACGUCUCGAAGUUUUCCAAUCCUCAGUACAAAUGCACAGACCAGGAUGUCAUCAUGGGACGCAUUAAAACAACCGGAAUCACUGAGAACGACUUCAACAUCAAAAACAUGACUCUCAGAGUCUUGGACGCCGGUGGCCAGCGCUCGGAGCGUAAAAAAUGGAUACAUUGCUUUCAAGACAUUGAUGCUGCUCUAUUCGUGUUGGCCGUGUCAGAGUACGAUCAGACUCUUUACGAGGACGAAAGAGUGAAUCGUAUGAAGGAGUCAUUUAUGCUAUUUGAGGCCAUUUGCAACUCGAGAUGGUUUAAGAAUACACCCUUUAUCUUAUUUCUCAACAAGAUAGAUUUGCUUGAGGAUAAGCUCAAAAGAUCCCCAAUCACCAAUUACUUUCCCAAUUACAAGGGUAACCCACAUGUGGUAAACGAAGUUCUUGAUUAUUUUGAAGAGAUGUUGCUUAGUCUAAACAGAACACUGAAACCGAUAUACGUACACAGAACCUGUGCCACAGACACUAAAGCCAUGGGGUUUGUUCUCUCCGCAGCUACAGACAUGGUGAUCCAACAGAAUCUUCGUGAAAGCGGACUUAUCUAA